GGAGAUGAUUUACAUGAAAUGUCUGGGUGCAUAGGUAGGUACAUACAUGUAUAUAGCUGAACCGUUGCCUGAUACAUUUUCAUACCUGGAUGGAGUUUUACAAUUACAAUUCAACUACUGCUACUACUAAUUGGUAUCGUUUAUAAAGAAGCCCAACUCAACUUGCUACAGCCAUGACGCCAACUACGCUCAGCCUCGUGGUCAAAAACAACUCGAAUGCCUCGCAGCUCUACGCCUACGUCACCGGCCGCGCAGCCCAGGGCGUCUUCUUCCUCAGCGCCGACGGCAUCACGCCCUACUUCCCUUCCUCGCCUUCGACCAUCCUGCAGCCGCUGGCCCGCGACUGCUCCGUAGCCAUCGGCGGGCCGGGCCGGAGCCGCACGCUGACGGUGCCACGGCUGGACGGCGCGCGGGUCUGGUUCAGCCUUGAGUCGCCGCUGACGUUUCUGCUCAACCCGGGGCCCGCGGUGGUGGAGCCCUCGGCGACGAACCCGGCGGACCCGAAUUACGGGAUUCGGUGGGCGUUUGCCGAGUUUACGUUGAAUGAUGUCGAGCUGUAUGUCAAUGUGUCGUAUGUCGACUUCUUCAGCGUGCCGGUGUCGUUGAGGCUGGAGAAUGGGGCCGGGAAGGUGACGAGUGUUGAGGGCAUGCCGGCGGGUGCGCUGGAUGCGAUUUGUGGGAAGUUGAGGGCGCAGGCGGGCGUGGAUGGCGCGGGAUGGGAUCGUCUUGUUGUUCAGGCUGGUGGCAGCGGUCAGAAUCUGCGUGCCUUGAGUCCCAACUCGGGGAGGGUCAUGUUUCCGGGCCUGUUCAGCGGAUACUAUCAGGGGUACGUGAAUGCCGUGUGGAAGAAGUACCAGACGGCGGAUCUGGUGGUCAACAUGCAGUUUGCCGACUGGGGCGAUGCUGUCGGCCGCGUGGAUGCUUCAGGACAGCUGCUCUCGUUCUCUGGAGGCGGAGGUGUCUUUGGAAAGCCGUCGGAGGCGGACAUCUUCUCGUGCGACUCGGGACCCUUUGCGCACGGCGCGGGCGUGUCGGACAAGCAGCUGAAUGUCGGGGCGCGGCUUGCGGCGGCGCUCAACAGGAGCACGUUGCUGGACGGGGUUUCGCAUCCGGAGGGGGAGGACGUGAGCAUGUAUUAUAAGGAGGCGGUGACGAACCACUAUGCGAGGAUUUGCCACGAGGUGAGCAUUGGGGGGAGGGGUUAUGCGUUUCCGUAUGACGAUGUUGGGAAGAUUGGGGGGACGGACCAGAGCGGGUUUUUGAAUGAUGGGGAUCCAAAGGUGUUGACGAUUGGGGUUGGGGGGCCUCUUUGAUGGGUGAUGAGCGUGUGUAGGGUGCUUGUAUAUGGGAUGCUGGACAUGUUGGUGUUUUAUGAUGUAGUCCAUGCUGGGAUGUAUAUGGCGUUGAUGGACUUGGUCUACGCUGAUGAGGCUUGUAUAUACAAUAUCAGAAUGCAUCUUUUGUUUUUGACUGAGACGUACUCUAGCUAUUUUGUUCAUUGAGCUUAC